CGUCGACUAGUAACUAACGAACAGACACACACUUUUAUAUUUUCUUUUUAAGUUUUGUUUUGGUAGAAUUUAGCUAAAUAUUGUUGAAUCUUCCUUUGUGACUUUCUACAUUUUCCUUUUAAAAUUUGUGCAGGCACAACCUGAAAAUGUAUUGCGUGGACAAAAAUAGAACUUUUGGCUAAAUAAUAGGUUUUACUGUUUUAUUUUCAAACUAUGGAAUUACAGUGCUAAACAAUUAAAUCCCAAAAUCAUAUUAAAUAAUGUGUAAUAAUGUGUCGUUGUAAAUCUGAAUAUGAAAUAUCGAUGGAGUUUAUUAUUUACCUACUGUAAAUAUUACAUAAACAAAUUUACUGUUAUGUGAUUUUGAGUGUAACAGUAAUAAUAUUUGAAACUAAAUGGAUCUAAUUUGUUUCAUCUGAGUGGCACCUUCUUACUAUUUCUAAUUAUGUGAAACAAAUCAAUAAUAGCGCCUAAGAAUAAUUAUGUGGAUGUUUAUUUUUUCUUGGUGUGCAAUUGUUACUUUUGUGAUGACAUUGAUCUUCUGUGCCUGUUGGAGAAAGAAAACAGUAAAGGAAGAUUGGCAUGGUCUUGAUGGUAUGGUCACACAAAAGAACCCAGAUGAGAAUGUGAACCAUCUUCCAUCAGCAACUACUUGUAUAGUUGAUGGCGUUAAUGGUGGAGAUCACUCGAACCCAAACAAAAGAAAUUUAGCAAAUUCUAGAAGAAGUUUACCAGAUAUUCCAUCCGAACAAAUAACUACAGUAAAUUGGGAUCCGACAGAUAACUCAUCGGAGCAUUAUGCAACUCUUGGACAGUAUCAAAAUGCGGCUAAAAGACAUACAAUAGCAAAUGGCCUCGACCAACGGCCCAGUAUUUCACAACAUAGUUCAAUUAGUCAAAACGAUGAUAAUUUUUCACCAUAUGAAAGGGUCAAAUAUGACAAAAUUAAUUCUACUGAACAUCCUUACGCCCAGGUACAGCCGAAUACUUCAAAACCAAUUUUAGUUGAAGAAAAUAAUGGGUCAUCAGAAGAACGAAUAAAUUUAUUAAGAUCAGAGACUAACAUAGUUGAUACUUCACCUACACCCACAAAAUCACGACGUUCAUCAGUACAUAGCAAUGGGGGUUUGGACAUACCUGCUGCUUCUGCAGUUGCUGGUGUCGUUGCUGCUAGUCCAGAGUUACCAUAUAUGACGCCGCCUGUAACACAAGCCAACUUUAGUGGGGAUUCUCAAGAUUCUUCAAAGGGAUAUACCAGUAUUAGUGUUCGUGAACCACUAGCCAACAUUAUCGCACAAACGAAUGAAAUGAAGAAAACAAAACGUGAAUUCGUAGAUCCACAUUAUUCCACAGUAUCGGAUGAUUCAGACGACGUGUACACUACAAUACCAGACCCAAACAAUCCUAUCUAUGCUUCUGAAAGUGAAACUUAUGCUCGAAUACCGCCACUACCGAUAACCGUAGAGGUUGAGAUGAAUCCACCUCCCCCAGCACACUUGCAAAUACAACAACCAAACAUUGAAGAAGUUUACGCAUCCCCACCACAGCCACCACCAGUAGAUAGUCUAAGACAAGUAAAGGCUCACAAUCCGACGAAAACAUACUCGCAUUCACGUCAAGCGUCAUCUUCAAGUUCCAUAGCCAAUUUAGGUUCACCGAAACCGGAAAAACGGCAGGCCAACUCCCCACUUCCACCACCACCCGCUGUUUCCAAUUUUGAUUUUCAUAUUGAUAAACCGCAAUUCAUAAGAAACCUUGAUGACCUAUAUGCCAAGGUACACAAGACCAAAAAGGAAGAUGCCAAUCUGGAAAAAGUAGAAAAACGAAGUGUUACACCAGAAAGUACAAAUUUAGGUAGUAUAAGAUCGUCACUGGAGAGCAAAUUACACGAAAAGAGGUACAAAGAUCACAAUUAUGAGACUUUAAAAAAGUCUCCAAGGCGAACUAGUGAUCCAGGAUACGAAAAAAUUAAGGGUAAUAACGACCCUGGGUAUGCUAGCAUUAAUGGACCUGAAAGUAUACCAAGUUCUGACCCAGGCUAUGAAGUACUUAAAGAUAGAGCCCCUUCCGAGACCGAUCCGAAUUACGAAGAACUACGACAUCGGACAUCAAACGCUAGUGACAGUUCAGCUUAUACAAAAAUCACGGAUUUAAAGGAUGGUUAUUCUAUCGUGAAAAAGAAUAUUACUUUGUCGGUGUGUAACGCAAAAGAUGAGCCAAAUUACGAAAGCAUGCAAAAUGAGCAUUCCGUGGAACCAAAUUAUGAAAGUUCUAAAUCGAAUAGCAGUGAGUCUGAUCCUAAUUAUGAAUCAGUUAAUCAUAACGAUCCUAAUUAUGAGAGUGUUAAAGAAUUGGACGACCCUCCAUACGAAAGGUUAGAUGAGGAUUCGAGUAGGACGAAUUCAGAACUCUCAGGUUGUGAUAGGUUAAAAAAGAUGGAAUCAGACAAGAACGAUACUUCUGAAAGUUCAAAUAGCUUAGGAAAAUCAUCCUCAGAGAAAACUGAUCCUCCGUAUGAGCAACUAAAUAACGACACUGAUUCAGAAACACCUGGUUACGAAAAAAUAGGAUCAAAAUUAGCCAUUACCACAUUGACUGGUGAUGGGAACCGUCAUUUAACGGAUCCAACAAAUAUUCACGAUGAAGAUGGUAUUUUUCAGAAAAUUUUAAGCCAUUCUACUUUUUCUCCUUUAAUUGCUUUUGGAUGCACGAAUUGCAGUUCCUAACGUCACAAGUUCGAUUUACACUAGGUCAAGAAAAGAGAUACAAUUAUCGCAGUGAAUACGAGAAAGAGAACUUUGAAGCCCACUUAAAAUUAGAAAAAGAAAAGUUAGAAGAGAGAAAAGAAAGAAAUAAAUU